AUGCCGACCUCGUUGGAGUCUUCCCGCCCUAUCAUGGCGCCUUCGACCCGUACAUCCGUCCGCUUCUCCACGUACAGCAUGAAUGCGCCGUCCAUCACCCCUACUGUGCUCAGCACCGACAGCGUCACCGCCGAGAUUCGCCCCAUCGUUGACGGACUGGAGCGCCUCAAGAAUCCGCGCCUUGCAGACCAGCGAGUCUACCUCAACGAAGAAAAGACUACCAACCUCGCCAAGCUUGCGCUGAGCGCCAAACUUGAGCGCGCUCUCGGCCGUCGUAUGACCAGCCAGGAUGCCGUCAUGCGCCCACGGAGCAAGUCGACGGUCGCCGAAAUUCCAUCGGAAAAGGAAGAGAAGAUCUGA